UAGCGAGAAAGUAGAAACAUACAAAAGCGGGAAACUUCGAACCAUAAAGCCGGUAACCAUACCAAUUACCAAAUCCUAGGGUUGAAUCCUGUGCACACAUAUACACAUCACCUCUUCAUUUUAAUUACAUUUUCCUUAGAAGAUCAGAUUCCCAAUGGAAGAGGUUAGGGCUACUACUGCUUGGGUCGCCUUUCAUUCCUCUCAUGUCACCGUUGAUUCCUCAGGUAUUGAGAAAGUGGCGGAAACGUUGAAAGAUUCGAUUCCAAAGGUGGAGUGGGAUUUUGAAGGGAUUCACUAUUUUGACAAUGGCCCCCUGUCUGUCCAGUAUUUGUUUGUGUUGGAUGCACUAAAUUUUUGUUUCUGGCCAGAUAAGGAACUAUCUUAUGAUAAUUUGGCAUCAGGAUUGAAGGAAGCACUUCAAAAUGAUAAGUCUGCAUUUGAUGCAGAUCGCUUGCAAAAAUACACUGGUCCUGAACUCCGAAAAAUUUUGAAAUGGCCAAGUCCACUUCCCUUGGAGGAUGAACGAGUGCGUUUAAUGCACGAGGUUGGAUUUGAGCUAGAACGAUCAUUUGAUGGAAAGGCAUCCAAACUUGUUGAGUGUUGUGAAAAAUCAGCUUCAAAGCUGGUUUCUCUCAUCACAUGCCACUUCCCAGGGUUCCGUGAUCACACAGUAUACAAAGGUCGCCAAAUUUUCUUGUAUAAAAGAGCUCAGAUAUUUGCUGCUGAUUUAUGGGGUGCAUUUAAGGGUCGAGGAUAUGGCGAAUUCAACGAUGUAGAAUCGCUAACAAUGUUUGCUGAUUAUAUUGUCCCAGCAGUGCUUCAGCAGCUUGGAGUACUGAGAUAUAGUUUGUCGCUAUCCAACCUUAUUGAAUCUAAUACAGAGAUUUGUUCAGGAAGUGAAGAGGAAGUAGAACUGCGAGCAUGCUCAGUAUAUGCUGUAGAGGAAAUUAGGGACUUGAUUCAUAGAAAGUCUGGAAAGCAGGUUUUGAGUGUGGAAUUGGAUCUUUGGUUAUGGUCUUUUGGUGUCCACUGCCCAUCUCUUCAACACCAUCAAACGCUCUCUAUAUAUUAUUGAGUGGCCUGCAUGCUGUUCUAGGGCGAUGGAAAAACUUCUCUUUAAACAUUUGAGCGGUCAAGCACUGUGCAAGUGCAGUAUGCAUGUUGUUUUAAGAGCAGUUCUUGCAGUAAAUUACUUGAAUAGCUUUCGUUUACCUAAUUUCAGCUGCACUAGGAUUUUCAUCAAAUAACCUGAUCACCAAACUAGGUUUAUAUCUUUUGGCAAUGUAACAGUGAGUUGAAUAUUUGGUUGCUUGUCAUUUUCUUCUUGCCCUUGGAAUCUUAGAUUUGGAAAAUUAGAAAGCUGCUUUCUCUUUCAAACUUGUUAGGCCUUUUUUUGGGCGAUGAAAACUGCAAUGAACCUCUGUUAGUCUGUUUCCAUCGAAAAUUAACGUCUUUUGUUGAAACA